GUUGAUUCAAACCUCAAGAUGGUGUCGGCGCAGAUUGCGUUCUGGGGAGGACUGGGACCAAGGAGCGAGAGGGGCCAAAAUGAUGGGGCGGGUCUGUAGGCAGGGUCAGAGUCAGUGGGCGGGGCCAGGUACGGGGCUGUCUCUUCUUGUCAAAAGGCAACCUCCGAGCUGGAGGCGCUUGGAUCUCAGAGCAGGCUGGCGUGUGCGGAGACCAGGUGCCGAGCGCAGAGCAGGGAUCAGCACCCCAACCGGGACCAGGAUUUGGAGGUGGGUUUUAGCCUUCCAGAGUUGUCACUGAAAUGGUCCAGCUUACCACCUCGCCCCUGAGUGAUCUCUUCAGCCGAUGACCUCUGCUGAAUCUUCCCUACUCAAGACAUUCCAGAAGAGAGUUCUUGUCCCUCCUCUCUCUACUUCUGCUACCCUGCUCCUCCAGAAACAGUGAGAAUGGCCGCUAGUACUUCCUUUCCUGAUCCCAGCUGUGGUGAUUUUGACCGAAAUGUGCCUCGGAUCUGUGGGGUGUGUGGGGACCGAGCUACUGGAUUUCACUUCAAUGCCAUGACCUGUGAAGGCUGCAAGGGCUUCUUCAGGAGGAGCAUGAAACGGAAGGCCCUCUUCACUUGUCCCUUCAAUGGUGACUGCCGCAUCACCAAGGACAAUCGACGCCACUGCCAAGCCUGCCGCCUGAAGCGCUGUGUGGACAUUGGCAUGAUGAAAGAAUUCAUCCUGACCGAUGAAGAGGUCCAGCGGAAACGGGAGAUGAUCUUAAAGAGGAAGGAGGAGGAGGCGCUGAGGGACAGUCUGAGGCCCAAGCUUUCUGAAGAGCAGCAGCAUAUCAUCACCACCCUGCUGGACGCUCAUCAUAAGACCUUUGACCCUACCUAUUCAGACUUCGGCCAGUUCCGGCCUCCAGUACGAGGGAAUUCUGAAGGUGAAGGGAGCCAUCUCUCUAGGUCAUCCUCAGAGCAUACAUCCAGUUUUUCAGAGGACUCCUUGACUUCGGAUCACUACAUAACUUCUCCAGACACUAGGGAGCCCUUUUCCAACCUGGUGCUAAAUGAGGAUUCUGAGGAUCCUUCGGUGACCCUGGACCUGUCCCAGCUCUCCAUGCUGCCCCAUCUGGCUGACCUGGUCAGUUACAGCAUCCAGAAGGUUAUUGGCUUUGCCAAGAUGAUUCCAGGAUUCCGAGACCUCACCUCUGAGGACCAGAUAGUGCUGCUCAAAUCAAGCGCCAUAGAAGUGAUCAUGCUUCGCUCCAACCAGUCCUUCGUCAUGGAUGACAUGUCUUGGACUUGUGGGAGUCAAGACUACAAAUACCGGAUCAGCGAUGUUGCCAAAGCUGGACACAGCCUGGAACUGAUUGAACCACUCAUCAAGUUCCAGAUUGGGUUGAAGAAGCUAAACUUGCAUGAAGAAGAACAUGUCUUACUCAUGGCCAUCUGUAUUUUGUCCCCAGACCGGCCUGGAGUACAGGAUGCAGCGCUCAUCGAGGCCAUCCAGGACCGGCUGUCCAACACGUUGCAGACCUACAUCCGUUGCCGCCAUCCCCCACCCGGCAGUCACUUGCUCUAUGCCAAGAUGAUCCAGAAGCUGGCAGACCUGCGCAGUCUCAACGAGGAACACUCCAAGCAGUACCGCUGCCUGUCCUUCCAGCCAGAGCACAGCAUGAAGCUCACCCCACUCGUGCUCGAGGUGUUCGGCAAUGAAAUCUCGUGACUGGGCCACGCAGUACUGGUGUCUGGGUGGGAGGCUCACAACCCCCAGCUCCAGAGCCCCGGGGUUACUUGCUGCUGAGCAGCACCCCCACCCCUCUGGGGCUCAGCUGCCUCCCCCCUUCCCUCCCUCCCUCCCUCCCUCCCCACCCCUCGGCGUAGCCUUUCUCCUGUCCGGCCUGUGUGCCAGGGGUCCCCGGGCCUCUCCUUCCCAGCCCCUUCGGACUCUGACGCAGAAGAAACUCCCAAAGGGGUCGGGGAGCAGAGGGCAGGAACCCCAGUGUUGAGGUCUGGCCCGGAUCUUCCCUAACUCAGCAGCCAGCCAAGUGAGAGAAACACGUCCACUCCUCACGGAUCUUCAAGGACGCCCGAGUCCUGGAAGGAUCCUUAAGCUCUGCCUCGUCGCCCAGAUGAAUCCUCUGCUGCCACACAGGCAUCUCCUCCCCUGGCCAGCCUGCGCCACUCGGGACCCAGAGCAGGGCUGGAUUUGGGGAGUCCAGACAGACUGGGAGAGCCCCGGCUUGCUAGGGACAUGCUGGCUCCCUUCCCCACCUUGCCACACUCCCCGUCUGUCUCUCGCCAGCGCCUCCUAAGACGGCCCUUGUAAUAAGCAGGCCCCUUGCCCUGAGCUUGGAGACCCGUCAGUUUCAUCCUCAUUCCUAGAAUUGGGGCCACCGCAGGAAAGACACAAAGCGAGAAUGAGGGAAGCAAUAGAAGGGGGAAAUCACGCCCUCGUCCCACGUGCUCCCUCUCGGGAAUGCUGCUGGUAGAAGGGGAGGCAGAUGGCUGGCUCUGCUGGCCUCCUAAGCUUUCACUGUCUCCCUGGAUUCCGAGGUGAAGCUGCAGAGGAGCCAUAGACAGGGUGUCAGAAAGCCCCUUCACACAUUUGCCCUGCUCUGCCUACCAAGGUUCUUUCUCAUCCGUUUCCCCAUUCCUCCCCCCUUCCCAGGCCCAACCAACCCAGCAUCUCCUCCGAGGGUCCCCCCAGCUGGGAAAUUGGGAAGCCUUCCUUAGUACAGAAGGACAGUGGGAGAAAGCUCCACAAAGUGGCGGGCCUUCUCCAAGUCAGCUGCCCUCAUAGCCUAAAGACCUUGUCCUCUAAGGAAGAGCCCCAGAGCCAAAGGCAUCCUGUCCUUCCCCUUCAACCCGACUCCUUCUGCUUCAGGUCCUCACUCAGGAAGUGCUAAAAAAUAUUCAGAGGGCAGCUGCUGCCUACCCAGGGGAAGGAAGAUGAGCCUGGAGGACAGGAGGCCUGGUUCCCUUCUUCCCUAAAGUGGCUGAGUUCUCCUCCGCUUGGGACAGAACCUCCAAGGACUUUGGUGAAUGUGUGCCAAGGCACCAAGCGGGAUCCUCAGGAAGGAAUGGGCUCCUUCUAGAGAGGUGCCGUUGGGGAGGGUGCAAAUGACGUGAAGGACAUUUGGGGCAAAGGAUAUUCUGCAGCAUGACAAUGUUUUGUGUCAUGGACCUCUUGGGUAGUGUGGUGAAGCCUUCUCAGAAUAAUAUUUUUCAAUACCUAAAAUAAAGUCCAUCAGAUGGCAAAGGAUGCCAAUUAUAUGAAAAUAUAAGUCUCAAAAUAGAUAUUUCUUAAAAUUUCCCAGGCCCCCUUCUAUCUGGAUCCUUCAAUAUAAGGAGUUAUUGGGUCAUUGGACAAAUGUAAAUAUGUGAUUUAUGUCCAUGGAAACAUUUCUAAAGAAUGGCCAGAACUCCUCUGAGACCACCAGGCAAGACCCCUUUCUCCUCCGUUUGAUUUCUUUGGUCUUUCCAAUAUCCCUGCCCAGAAUCAGAGAAUAUGAAGAGACUUCAGAGGGAAUCUAGUCCAACCUCAAUGCCCUCAUUUAAAAGAGGAAGAAAAUGAAGCCCAUCUGGUGGCUUCCACAGGCUCACACAAACUACUGGUGGAAGAACUGGGGCUAGAAACCAGGGGUUCUCUCUCUGGUGGAAGGUUGAGAAGCCUUGUUCCCCAAAGAAAAGGGACCUUUCCUCAAGCCAACUUUCAGUCUUGUGCUUUUUUGCUUUACCAUUGUGACAAACCAAAGUCUAACUAUAAUCUUUCUUCAGUUUGUUCAGUCCCUCUGAGUAGGUCCUGCACUUUAGCAAGAAAUCUUGUCCAGGUCAUCCUUCCUUGGCUCUUUCCCUGUGUAAUAUAUUGGGAGAAGUGAUGGAGUAGCUUUGUCAAUGUCAAUGUCAACUGGACUCUGCUCUGACGCUGGCCUCCUGGGGCCUCUCUUGCCUGUAUGAUGCUAUUGCCUUAUCAAUAAAGUGCAUUUGGCUUGGU